ACAAUUUUCGAUUCUCGUAUUCCACAGCUGACUGAAGAGUGUCGAAGGAAAAGUUCAACUUAAACAGCAACUAAACUAAAGUCAACAAUAAUACAAAAUGUCCAUCUCCGAUUUCCGCAAGAAGAAGCUGCUGUUCCUGUUCAAUGUGUUCUUUGAUGUGAACCAGAGCGGCGAAAUCGACGUUAACGACUUUGAGCAGGCCAUCGAGCGUGUGUGCGCUCUUCGCAAAUGGCCAAAGGGAACGCCAAAGAACAAGGAGACUUACGAUGUCAUGAUGGAAAUUUGGAAUGGUCUGCGAUCGAAGGCCGACAAGGAUAACGAUGGCCAGGUCAGCGUGGAUGAGUGGUGCAACAUGUGGGACGCUUACGCCAAGGAUCCCAGCAGCGUGAUGGACUGGCAGAAUACGUACAUGAACUUUAUGUUCGAUUUGGAGGACGCAUCCCAUGACGGUGGCAUCGAUGUAUCUGAGUUUACGCUCGUCUGCUCCAGUUAUGGCCUCGACAAGACCGAGUGCGAGGAAGCGUUUGCCAAGAUGGCCCAGGGAGAGAGCGAGGUGAAUCGGGAACAGUUCUCCGCCUUGUGGAAGGAGUACUUUGCCGCCGAGGAUGCGACCGCGCCUGGCAACUUCAUCUUUGGCAAGACCUCGUUCUAACUGUAUCGAUUUGCAUAUUGGUCUGACUUGGUGAUUGGUUAGCUGGUUAGCUGUUUUGCCACUAAUUAAACUAGUAAUAUAUCAAAAUGUACAUUCUAAUUUAAUGCUAAAGCUAAACAACAACUCAACAGGCAACAACUCCCAAACUCCCAAUCUCCCAAAACUCCACUUCGACUCCAACUUCUAAUGAUUACGAUUACGAUUACGAUUACGAUUACCAGUUGCGAGUACUAUUAGCUGAAUAGAUAUUCUGACGUUGUUAAUUAAAUGUUGUCAACUGUAACCUCAACUCAAUCUUUUGCCUAAUUCAAUGUUCUAAUUUAGUAGCCUUAUUUGUUAAUUAAAAAAGUCUCUAUUUAUAUUUUAUACUAUACUAAAAUCGAUAUAGUAUACUCAAACCCUCAAACUAUUAUGUAAACGAAUGCUCAAAACUCAAUUGCAAUUCUACUAAAUAUAGAUUCGAGUUAUCUGAUGAAAAGAAUACCCCAAAAUGCGAGUAUUGUUGAUGCGUAAAUUAUUAAAUGAAACCAAUUAAACUGUCAAAUUGUUUUGUGUGUGUAGUUCUAGUUUAUCGUCGCAUCUCUGGCGUUUAAAUAUAAAUGUAAAGUGUUCUAACAAAUUACAAACAAUAAAUGCUCAACAUCUACAAAAUCCCUAUUUGCAUACACGUA